GGCCUGGGGGGUGGGGCGCCAGUGUCGCCCCGAGCCCGCGCGUCCCAGCGCGUCCCGUCCGGCCGCCGAGCGCCAUGGCCGAGCUGGUCCCCCUGGCCGAGGAGCUGUCGUGCUCCGUCUGCCUGGAGCCCUUCAAGGGGCCGGUCACCACCCCGUGCGGCCACAACUUCUGCGGCGCGUGCCUGGACGAGACGUGGGCUGUCCAGGGCCCGCCGUACCUGUGCCCGCAGUGUCGCGCCGUCUACCAGGCGCGGCCGCAGCUGCACAAGAACACGGUGCUGUGCGCCGUGGUGGAGCAGCUCCUGCAGGCGGGCGCGGCGCCCCAGCCCCCCGACGGCGGGACGCCCGCGGCCCCGGCCAAGACCGGCCCGGUGGCCUGCGACCACUGCCUGAAGGCGCCCGCCGUCAAGACGUGCAUGGUGUGCAUGGCCUCCUUCUGCCAGGAGCACCUGCAGCCGCACCUCGACAGCCCCGCCUUCCAGGACCACCAGCUGCAGCCGCCCGUCAAGGACCUGCUGCGCCGCAAGUGCGCUGAGCACAACCGGCUGCGGGACUUCUUCUGCCCCCAGCAUGACGAGUGCAUCUGCUACAUCUGCCUGAUAGAGCACAAGGCCUGCUCGCCUGCGUCCCUGAGCCAGGCCAGCGCCGACCUGGAGACCAAGCUGAAGCAUAAACUGACCGUCAUAUACGAUCAGAUCAGUGGCGCAUCCAGGGCGCUCGAGGAUGUGAGAACCAGGCAGCAGGAUGUGCAGGAGACUGCAAGUCAGAAGAUGAAGCAGCUUAGACAGGAAUGCAUGGAAAUCAAGGCGCUCAUUGAUGGCACAGAGGCCAUCUCAAUACAGAAGAUAAGGGAUGAGGAGAAGAGGGUCAGUACCAAGUUGGGCAACAUUUACCAGAUCCUCCUCAAGAAGAAGAGUGAGAUCCAGACUCUGAAGGAGGAAGUUGAACUUGCCCUGAUCAAGCAAGACGAGUUUGAGUUUCUGGAGAAAGCGAAAAAACUGCAAGGAAUCUCAACAAAGCCAGUCUACGUCCCCAAAGUGGACCUGAAUCAGGAGCUGAUAAAGGGUAUCUGUCAGGGCACCUCAAAUCUCAAAGAGAGGCUGAAACACUAUAUCAGGCAGUCCCAGGACCAGAAGGCUGAGGAACCCACCAGCUCAGGGAACCCUGGAGAGCAUGGCUCAGCAUCCACGCACAAACCCAUACAUUUUGCGAAAAAGCUCCCGAAAGAAGAAAAGAAAACCAAGAAACCUGCCACUGCCUCUGGCUCAGCCUCGUCUGUCAAGAUGCCCACCUUCGGAGCCCCAGAGCAGUUACUGGACCUCAAACAAGCAAGCCCGGAGACUGGAGCCAAAGCCACCUCCGAGCAGCAAAACGUCGUGUCCCUCAAAGCCAAGGUGCUGGAGAACUUCUUACUCAAGUCCAGGCCCGAGCUCCUGGAGUAUGCUGUGAAAUUCAGCCUGGACUACAACACUGCCCACAACAAGGUAGCUCUGUUGGAGAACUACACUGUAGCUUCUGUGGCAGACUUACCCCUGAACUACCAGCCACAUCCCAAGAGGUUCACAUACUGCUCCCAGGUGCUGGGCCUGCACUGCUACAAGAAAGGGAUCCACUACUGGGAGGUGGAGCUGCAGAAGAACAACUUCUGUGGGGUGGGCAUCUGCUAUGGCAGCAUGCCGCGCCAGGGCCCGGAGAGCCGGCUCGGCCGCAACAGUGCCUCCUGGUGCGUGGAGUGGUUCAACACCAAGAUCUCUGCCUGGCACAACAAUGUAGAGAAAACGCUGCCUUCCACCAAGGCCACGCGGGUCGGCGUGCUGCUCAACUGUGACCAUGGCUUCGUCAUCUUCUUUGGGGUCUCUGACAAGGUCCACCUGAUGUAUAAGUACAGGGUGGACUUCACUGAGGCUCUGUACCCAGCCUUCUGGGUGUUCUCUGCCGGGGCCAUGCUCUCCAUCUGCUCCUACAAGUAGGCAGGCCACAGACACUGGCCUCUGGGUGCCCGGGACUGGGAUGACAGAGCUGCCAGUGGACCUCUCCGAGAGCUUCCUGAGAUUUCCUCAAGGGUUGGGAGUGUGGGAGAGGACCUGUGGAAAGCUAGGGUUAGGGGGUUGGGGUAAGAGGAUGAUCUGGCCAGGGGAAGAGGUGGGGUGAUUGCACUGUGGGCCAGGAAUCACGGCCACGUCCUGGUGCCCAUCAGGGCAGGGAAACCUCCUCCCCCUUGUUCUUCUAGGUCCCCGGCUACUGGCAGGUGGACGGGGCUUUGGGAAGUAAAAUCAUUAGCACCCUUUCCUCUUGGAGGGAAUCUGUAGCCACUGCACACUCUUUUCUCAGGCCAUGUGGUGUAGGCUCCUUUGCUCUCUGGAGCAGCCUUUGGAUCUUAGCUUUUUUUAUUACUCUCUAUAGGGCUAUUCAACUCAAUAGAUUUUUGAAAAAUUCCAAAGUAAUUGAAUUUCAAUAUUAUUCAUCCCCCACCUGGGGGGGUUCAGGUGUAUGCUCAGGUUCCUGGUUAUUUUCUAUCCUUAAGCUACCCAUAGCGGGUCUCCAUCCAGAUCAGUUUCUGGAAGAAGUGUGUCCUCUCCCUCCACUGGAAAAUAGCCCUGCUUCGCUUCCUCUCCUCAUACCUGACACCCCUUGGAUGGUUUUUAGGACGUUGAAUCCAAUGGGAAACUUCAGGCUAAGGUUUUGAGCCCUGAUCUGAAUCCCCCUGUGUGGGAUUUGUGAUUCAAUAUCAGGGUGACCCAGGUCCCAUGUAUGGCAACCCCUCCCAGUCCUACCCUUGGUAGACACUCUGGCAGCACCCAGAGAGCCUUGUGGGAGGCCUUCUUCCCAAAGCUCAGGCAUUGGGGCAAGGGACUCUACUGGGCGAGGGCUGCCCUGGGUUCACAAGGUGUGGUGGUCCUGCUCUCCGGAGCGUCCUCUUGCCUUGCUGCUAACUGUGCUCAGCGAGAGCCUCUCCUCUCCUGGCUGGUGUAGAUACCACGAUGGCCGGCACAGUCGAGUGCCCACAAUCGUGUGGACAGGUCACUGGGGCAGCCUCGGGGACCAUGUGAGCUCACCUGCUGGGGUGACUACCUAGGGCCAGAAGCGCCUUCUGGCAAAUCCCGGGGAAAUGGCAAUGUUCCUGUUUACCCCUGGCCACGGGCUGCACACCCAGUGCUGGCCUUCGUGGGAGUCAGAUGCCCGUCACUGGCUCUGGCCCCUUCUCUUUUCCUCCUUUGAGCUAAUUCCAGAUGUGGGGAUUGACCAGGACAGGGGGCACAGAGACUUUCAGGGCCAGGGAGGGAACACGCUCCAGGGCCCAAGCAGAAGGGGAUGACUUUCCCGCAGUGUUUCUCUGCAGUGAAAAGAACCGUAGCCCACGAAGGGGAAGGAGGGCAUGGAUUGCCGAAUUCCCCGAGCUUAUGUCCUGAUGUUGUCAGGACAUAAAUUCCCAAUCCAAGAGUGGGAGGAAUUUAGCCUCUUGCUGGUGAAAUGAAUCCUGCUCUGGACUUUCCUAAGAGGGGGAGCUCAGAUCAGGCUCUUUGUGAUAUAAAGAAGAGGUCACCAUUGGGGACGUGGGGACCCUAGACCUCUUCUAUGAAUAUUUGAGAAUUUAACACAUCUCUGACCUUGUGCUGGAAUUCCAGGGCACUUCACUCAGGCCCAGAGCACUGGAAAUUCCUGACAGGUUCGUCUGGAUUGUCUCCCAGCAAGGACUUUCACUUCCUUGGGAGGGAGAUCAUCUUUGUAGGGAAGAGAUCCCUGCAGUAGCCGAGAUGUGGUUUUUAAAAAGCUUUCUUCCCUUGAUACUGGGAAGGAGAGUUCUUUAGUGAUUCUUCUCUGCUUUUGGCCCAGGUCAGAUCUUUAUCGAUCUUCUGAAACAAAAGUCCUGUCUGAAGCCAAUUCCUACUUGGGGAAUGGCUGGGGUUAGAGGAGGGGAAUGCUGAAGACGAAUCCAAGGGUCCUGCUGUGGCCUCCUUAUGCACACCUGAGACUCACAGAGUGCUCGUCCCUGGAGAUCAUACAGCUCGGGACAGGGAAGCAGGGUUGCCUCUGUUUCUAAAAGAGGCAAGUAGGUAACCCACGCUGAGCUCUGUACAGGGCGCUCUGGAGAUGUAAAUGGAGGAGUGCGCCCUUGCUGUCUCGAGCCAUUCUAUUUGCAUUGGGGAGACAGUGUUCCCUCCACACUGCCCACCCCAGAGUUUGGGGCAACUUUGUAUUUAUCUGACUUCUUGUUUUGCAAAGUAAGUCAGAUGAGGAAGUUGGAUGACUCUGCUUCCUACUCUUGCCAUCCCAUCAUGGAGGAGAUGCCUCCUAGAUGCCCCCUGGUACCCUGGGGAAGAGUCAGAAAUCCCCAGGAACACAAACAUAAAAAUACUAUCCUAGAUCCGGGUAUCAGGGACUGACAGUCACUCUGGCAUGAUCAGGUCAGGGUCAGGUUUUUGUAUUAUUCAAGGCUGGCCGAUCUGUCCGCUUUAAUUGCUCUGAAAUGGAUCUGUGAUCUGUAAUAUUGAGACAUAAUCUCUUUAUCCUGCCUCCCCCCCACCCAACGCACUAUUGAUUUUAGUUAAUUAGGAGUAUUUGAGCUAUUAUUUCAUGAUUUUUUUAGGGAGUCGAUUCUUUCUUUUUUUUCUUUUUAAGAUUUUACCUAUCUAUCCAUGAGGGACACACAGAGAGAGGCAGAGACACAGGCAGAGGGAGAAGCAGGCUCCAUGCAGGGAGCCUGACGUGGGACUCGAUCCUGGGUCUCCAGGAUCACGCCCUGGGCCGAAGGCGGCGCUAAACCACUAAGCUACCCGGGCUGCCCAGGGAGCCGAUUCUUUAAGAGCUAAUUAGGGUCAUUACCACAGAUCUUUUGAAACCCAGGAGAACUACCAGCACCAAGGCUGGUUGAUGUGCCUAGGAAGCUGUAAUGUAACAAAGCAGUGUCUGAUACUUUUUCUUGCAUUGAAGACAUUGUAUGCAUUGUCUACACACAGCAAAAAGUAUAGCACUUUCUGAGUUCUGUGAGUCCUUCGUGAUUUUUUUUUUUUUAAGUUUUCACGAAUUCUUGAGCCUGAGGGAGGUCGUGUGCCAUAGACUAGAUGUUUGCGUUGCUUCAAAGAUUAUUAUUUUAUUUUUGCUUCAAAGAUUAUAUGUUGAAAAUUAGCCCCAGUGCAAUGGUAUGGGGGAUGGGUUAGGUCAUAAAAGUGAAGCCCUCGUGAAUGAGAUUAAGUACCCUUAUAAAGAGACCUCCAUAGAACUCCCUCGCCGCUUGUGCCAUGUGGGGACAUAGCAAGAAGACGGCUGUCUUAAUCAGCAAGUGGUUCCUCACCAGACAUUGAAUCUACCAACAAUGGAUCUUGGCUGGAUCUUCCAGCCUUCAGAACUGUGAGAAAUAAAGUUUGUGAUUUAAGCCA